AGAGGCGCCACGUUUCACCUUCCGGCGCCCCACAAAAUUUGCCCGCCUCCGGCCAACUGGACCUUGUUCGUCGUCUCGCUUUCUGCAACUACACAGAGCCGAAAAUGGCAGCGUGCGUAGCGACCGCAACUUCUCCUAUCAGUAUAUCAGGAAUCAAACCCAAACCCCUCGCCCAUUCUACACAUUUCUUUCCCAAGACCCCGAGAAUGGUUCUCUCAAAUGGCUUCGCCGGAACGGGAAGGAGCAAUUACACUUCUCCCAGUUCUAUUCCUUCUUCUUCUUCUUCUAGUAGCAGUAAGCUAUACAGGCGCCUUGAUUCUUGCUUAGUAGUUCCUCCGCCAAUAGGCCGAAAACCCAAAGCGAUCAUCAAAUUUCUCGGCGGAGCUUUCAUCGGAGCUGUCCCGGAAGUCACUUACAGUUAUUUGCUCGAGCUGCUGGCGAGAGAAGGGUAUUUGAUCAUUUGUGUGCCUUACAAUGUGACAUUCGAUCACUCGCAAAUUACCAGACGGGUUUUUGAGAGGUUCCAUUCUUGUUUCGCUUCAAUUUUGGAGUCUGGGUUGCCGGAUUCAGGACUUUCCGCUGCUGAUAUUGCAGAUUUGCCACUUUAUUCAGUAGGACACAGCAAUGGAGCUCUUCUUCAAGCCCUCAUAGGAAGUUAUUUCUCCGAGAAGAUACCGAAGGCUAAUGUGAUAAUAUCAUACAACAACAGGCCAGCAUCAGAGGCAGUACCAUAUUUUGAGCAGUUGGGUCCUGUAGUUGGUCAGUUACUGCCGGUUGUUGAAACAUCUCCAAUGUAUUCAGCUGUUCAGACUGCUUCAGGAAAUGCAUGGAAGAUGCUGCUUGAUGCAGCCGAAACAGUGGUACCAAACUAUGAUCCAGAAGCAGUUGUUUCAUUGACUAAAUUUGCCGAUCAAUUGCCUUCUGUAUUUAAUGAGCUUGCUCAAGGGAUAGCAGAGUUCAAGCCUACACCAUCUGAAAAUCUCGAGUGUUACAAAGAAUCGUAUAGUGUUCCGUGCACUCUACUGGUGAAGUUCGAUUUUGAUACAAUAGACGAGACUGAUCGCCUUGAAGAGAUACUGAAGCCUCGAGUCGAAUCUUUUGGUGGAAAACUAGAGAAAGUUGUCUUAAGUGGUAACCACAUUACACCGUGCAUUCAGGAACCGAGGUGGGAAGUAGGGAAUGUGUACACUCCAGGAGAUGCCAUAGCGCAAGGAAUAAAGAGUAUCUCGCUUAAUGACACUAGAAGACUCGGAAGAAUCAUUGCCAACUGGUUUGAUCGUCUUGCUCAGUAAUUUUAGCGUCGAGGUUUGAUGAAUACUCAUGCAUCUUAAUUAAUGUUGUUGCAAAUCCAGUAUGCACAAAAUCUUGUAUAUAGUAUAUACUGUCAAAAUUCGAUGUUAUUUGGGAGACAGGUAGAUCAUUUGAUCAAUAGAAAUAGUUUGCCAGAAAGACGAACUUUUAAGCAUU